AUUUUGUCGGUUGUCUGUCUUCUACCAGGUGUUUAAAACCUCCCUCAGUCCGGUCCAGGUCCUGCUCAGGCGCGUCCCCUUUAAAUCCGUCCAGCUGAUCUGAGCGCAGUCAGGAAGUAGCCGCAGUGAGCGCAAGGCGCAGCCGCCGUCACCAACACAAGUCACGUUUGUUUAUUUUGAUGCAUCUCGUCUGAUCCAGAUCGUUGGUUUGGAAAACGGCGUCGGUCUGCUGCCGAAGCCCCAGUGUCUUGGUCGUGACGGUGUGACGGUUCAGGAUCAUGGCCGACGGUCCGGAGGCUCAGGCGGAUGUUGACGACCCGCCCAGUAUCAGUUUCCCUCCGCUCAUCACUGUGUCUGAUCUGCCCGGUGCCACUGCUGCAGGCCGUAACCUGAAGGAAUGGCUCCAGGAGCAGUUCUGCGACAAACCUCUGGAGCAGGACGACAUGCGGCUCCACAACGCAGCCUAUGUCGGAGAUCUGGACACGCUGAGGAACCUGCUGCAGGAGGACGAGUUCAGACGGCGUAUCAACGAGAAGUCUGUGUGGUGCUGUGGCUGCCUGCCCUGCACCCCUCUGCGGAUCGCAGCCACGGCGGGACACGCCGCCUGCGUGGCCUAUCUGAUCGCCCAGGGAGCCGAGGUGGACCUGGUCGACGUCAAAGGCCAGACGGCCCUCUACGUGGCCGUGGUCAACGGUCACCUGGACUGCGUGCGGAUCCUCCUCGAGGCCGGAGCUGAUCCCAACGGAAGCCGACACCACCGCAGCACCCCGCUGUACCACGCCGCGCGGGUGGGGAGGCUGGACAUACUGCAGGAGCUCAUCAGGUUCAAUGCUGAUGUGGACAUGGACCACCAGCUGGGUCCCCGGCUCCUCUUAAGCGCCCGCACCCUCAACACUUUGGUGGUGUGUCCUCUCUACAUCAGCGCUGCCUACCACCACCUCCACUGUUUCCAGCUGCUGCUCCAGGCCGGCGCGCAGCCCGACUUCAACUACACCGGGCCUGUCUGCCACGAGGCCCUGACCCGCGGCCUGGCCUCCUGCCUGCUGGACGCCGUGCUGCGUCACGGAUGCGAGGUGGCCUUCAUCCACCUGCUGCUGGACCACGGGGCCAACCCGGCCCUCGUGCCCUGGGAUGAGUCAGAGCUGGAGGCUCCCAACCGGAGGAAGGUGGAUCCUGAGGCGCUCAGGGUCUUCCUGGAGGCGAGGAGGUGUCCUCGCAGGCUGACACACUUGUGUCGCAUCAGGAUCCGCAGGGCGAUGGGCAAAAGUCGUCUAAACCACAUACCCUCGUUACCUCUACCAGAACCCAUCAAGAACUUCCUGCUCCACAAAAACUGACAACCAUCCACCCUCUCAUCUUCUACAGAGCUCACCCAGCCCGGUCCAAAAAAACCUCAAUCAAUCUCAAAGACAAGCCACAUGAUAGAGCAUUUUCUGAACCCAGUUUGCUAAUUGCUUAUUAUUUUGUAAUAAUGAGCAGUAAUUAAUAUUAUUUUUCAGACAUUUUAAAGUUGUGUAAUCUUCCUGUUACCGUAACACUUUAUCGAAAUGCUUCUUAACUUAUCAGAGAAGCCUUAAUGUCUCCUGACCUGUGGAAACUGUGUGUAUCCUAAAUGUUUGCCUUGUGACUCCCCAGAUCACCAGGAUACGUCCUGGUCCUACUGCAAAUAAUGUGUUUCAGCUUAACGAUCACAGUGAGAAUGUCGUUUGGUUUGCUGUUAUUAAAACAUCCCAUGUAAUAAAUAUUCCAGCCAGAGUCAGAGGAACCUUUUCCAGAUCCAGCUCCUUGGAUUCCUCAUUUAUCUGUUUGGUUUGAAGCCUUUUACCAACUCUCAACCAGAGUGGAAGGCGAACUGCGCAGCCCAGCAUCCUUCUGUUCUAACUCUGCUUCUGUUGAUGCAUUCCCUUCAUAGAUCAGGCUGGCGAUGUAAGGGCGGGACUGUGCUCUGUGUUUACACUGAAUGCUGGGCGGUGAUAGACGUAGAUCUUUUUCAGCCGUAUGCCUUAACAUUGAGUUUUUGAAAAAUGGCUUUAAGAUUGAUCAAAGCAGAACCACUAACGAUAAACCAGAAUAAUAAAGUGUGAAUUUAUUUAUUUAUUUAAGAAGAAAAAACAUUUAGAAAACCAUAAAUGGGCAGUUAAAGGUCCUGGAUCCUGACUGACUGGAAUUGUUAAUGUUACCAUCAAAAUCAUUGAAGGGGACUUUGUAGAAAACAUACACUGUUAAAGCACAUUUAAGGAAACUUUCUCUGUAACACUGACAAUCUGUUAAAAAGUGGAUGAGAUUUAUUUAUGAUGAAUAGAACAGGUUUGUAUUUAUUAGCCAGAAAGCUGCCCUCUCUGUGACUCUACUGCACCUUUUGUCUGUUGUGCAAAUCUAUUGCACAGCUAUUCUCAUAUUUUUACUGUUUGAAAUGUCCAUGCAUUUUUGCUUUGUAUAUCUCAUCCUUAUUUGCAUACAGUAAAUGUGCAAUAAUUCUC